CAAAGGUGUCAACUAGAGAUGAGGUGUACGAAGAGUUUGCGGUGGUUUGUAGUCUUGCAUGAUGCCUACUUGAUGCAAAUUAGCAUUUUCAAAUCUGAGACUAAAUAGAGCCAAAUAUAUUGAUAAAAGUCACCCUGUCCGAGAGAGACGUAAUGUUAUCAAAAACUUCACGCCAGGGUAAGCCUACAUGAAACAUAGCCCUUAUUUGAAGUGUUCCUAAAAUCCACAAUGAAAAUGAAUGGUGGAAAACGAUUGGAACCAUUUCCGUGUUUGACCGAUAGGUUUUAUGGGUAUCAUGAUGCGUCCACUGGGGGGCCCAAUUACCAUAUUGCUUACACUGUCAAAUCUUCUCGGAUCUCCACAAGCGCAUAGGGUGUAGGACUGAGGAGUCCAUUUGGUAUUGAUCUCAUGUCUCCUCCCUAACAAUGGGAGUCGUUGCCCCAAAAGCGGGAAGGCAGGCAAGCGACACGUUUAGGUCCAAAAUACGCCCUUAGAAACGCAUUGGGCUUGUUUUGGACCGAGUGAAACCAAAUAUUGUUCUGUGGUGAAACCUCUCGCAUCGCCUCUUCCUCUCUGACACGGCCAAGUAUUGCAUCCCAUAAUGCAAUAGGAGGCCGUUGAGAUCCAGCAGCUGGUGGCCUGUGAGUGUCUACAAGUACCACAGUAUUCGUUGUUGGAGGAUUCCUCCCCCGUCUGCCGGAUCGCACCGAACAGGCAAUGACAACGGCCUCAGCAACUCCGCAGCAGAUGAGAGACCGGCUGCUGCAGGCCAUCGAUAGUCGUAGCAAUCAGAUUCACAAUAUGGUGGCAGUAUUAGAAGUUAUCACAUACUUGGAGAAAUUCCCUAUCACCAAAGAAGCACUUGAGGAAACCCGAUUGGGGAAACUGAUCAAUGACGUGAGGAAGAAGACCAAGGAUAAAGACCUUGCCAAGCGUGCCAAGAAGCUUUUGCGGAGCUGGCAGAAAUUGAUCGACCCAGGGCAAAAUGAGACUCCAUCGCGGGGGGCAGUAAGUGUCUCGGGCUCUGCCAAUGGCAGUGCCCACUCCUGUCGGACUGACGUUCCACCCUCUGACGUAUCCCUGGCAGGCAAAGGUGUCCAAGAGGUCAAAACCAGAAAUGACGUCCACAACACCUACUCGCCCAAAGCGGAGAAGUCAAGCAGCAGGAAGCGUAGAGGGCAGCAAAAGGACAGUGUGCACUUACCGGCCAAAACCUCCAAGAUGUCCCCCAACGAGCAGAUGCACAACUACACUCCGCCGCCACCUCCCACAAAUGGGAUUGCAGGUAACCCUGAGGCUCCCCAAGACCUAGAGGCUACACCUUCGCCAGACAGGUCCCGGACAGAGCACAUUGAGAAUGAAAAACACAGUAGAAUCCCUGUCAAUGCUGUCAAACCUCACCCCAGCUCCCCGGGCCUCGCCAAACUACCUAGCACUUCCUCUUUACUCAAGACUGCUGUGUUGCAGCAGCAAGCAAGGUUGGACGAAGGAGGAGGGGGGCAAUAUCUGACCAAAAGCCCCCGCUGCCUUUCAAGUCCACGGACUAUGAAGCAAGAGACUAUGUCCAAGCACUCUUCAACAUAUGCACCAAAAGGGACUAUCCCAAGCCCAGCUCGGAGUCCUCGCUUGCCUUCUUCCCAGCCUUUAACGUCCCCAGCCCAAGUGUCUCAUGUGAAUGGGCCGCCACCCCCUGCCCAAAGGGCCUCACUGCACUGGCCUGGCUCCUCAGAGGCCACCACCAAUCCCCCACACAGCACUGGAACACUGGAACCCCCGCCUGUCUUCCUUCCCACCACCCAUCCCGCCCCACAAAACUCUGAGUGCGCGGAACUCCACAGACCCACCCCCUCUGUAGUGGUGGUCAAGGCUGAGGCAGAAGUCUCUCCCUCCAGCUCGGACCGCAAAAAGAGGAAGAAGUACAGGUCCAGGGACUACUCUGUCAACCUGCAGGGGCAGGACACAGAGGACAAAACAAAGCCUGUGAGAUUAAAAGAACGCAGGCUAACGUUUGACCCUGUGACUGGACAGAUCAAGUCCAUGGUACAUAAAGAACCCUGUCAGGUAGAGGAACCCCCAAUGCCACCUCCCCCUAAGCCCCAGCAGAGAACUGAUCUGCAUCCACAGCAGCCUCCCGCUCCCACCCCUAGCCCCUUCCAACAGACUAACUGGAAAGAGCUGUCCCGAAACGAGAUCAUCCAGUCCUACCUAAACCUUCAGAGCAACGUGCUCACAUCCUCGAGGGUCCAGGCCCCCGGCGCGCACUUUUUCAUGUCAGAAUACCUGAAACGGGAGGAGAGUGAUCUCAGGGAGGCGAGGCGAGGAGUCCAUGUCUUGCAGCUGGACAGCUCGGUAACGGACACACCUGGAGUGAGCCGAGAGGUGACCGACAAGGACCUCCACAGAGUACAUACGGAGCACUGGCAAGGGGUAAAUGGUUGUUACGACACCAAGGGCACUUGGUUCGACUGGACGGAGUGUAUAUCGUUGGACCCACAUGGGGACGAGAGCAAACUGAACAUCCUGCCAUAUAUUUGCCUAGACUGAGAUGGGGUGUCUGUCCCAAGUUUGUUAAAGGACUGUUUCAGUUCUGUUUUUCAAAAAUAAAAAGUUGCAGGAAAGAUGUGCCCGUUUGCAGAGUGCUGCUACUAACAAUUAAUUGCAAACUAGGGUUCUAGUGUAGGGUUGGCUGGAGUUUAGCUUUCCAGCUAUGUGCUCAGAGGGUGUUGAAAGCGUUCAUCUAGCACAGUUAAAGCCGAACGUGUCCAGCGAGUGGAGUACUGAUACCUAUUUGGGAGUUACAAGAAGCUUUAUGUGACAUAUACAAAAAUAAAUUAUACAAUUUCUUAUCAUGUAUGCAUCUAUUUAUUUGACCUUUUUUCAGUUUUUUUUUUAGGUUUAUGGAAACGAUGUGCAAAACCUGUAGAGCUUUUCUGUUUGCAUCACAUACUGUUGACCUGUUCUGCAAUGCAAAAGAGGCAUAACAUUGUUUUACACAUUCUUUUGUUUUUGGUUGGCCGUUACAUGUUAGCGAUCCAACAUUCCACCCCUCAUCUUCUCUCCUCACCACUCUGUUCUGAUGUACACAUGCCAUCGAGCGUUUCUUUCCGGAGGAAGUUUAACACAAAAAUUUGCCUCCCUUUUGUUCAAUCAACAAAGUAUUUUAGAAGUUAUCUUUGUUAUUCCAUUUACUUUAUUCCCCAACAAUCCUCACCCAGGCAGAACAUCUUGAAACAGAGGAUACUAAUACAACUGUGAGGAUAAGGAAGUGUUUGUAUGCUGGAACUAUACUUGUUAACAUUCCUUUAGCUAUCGUUUUGGCUUAUGAAAUUGAAUCACGAGACUUUCAGAGUUGAACAGCCUUAAUGAAUAUACAGAAAUGAGAGCUUUGUAUUUAGUUUACAGAGGCAGGCAUCUUCUGUAAUUUCAUCAUUUACAUUAAGGUAUGUGUAGAUACAAACAAAACAACUGCAAGCUCCACAUAAUUUAUUUUCUAAAUUUUCCUCCAAUCUUUCAUGGGUUCGUAUUUCAGGAAUGUUCUACUCAUUGAGAAGCGUGCGUGAUGGUAAAUGAACAAGUGUCGUCUCUUUUGCUAUUUUGUUGAAAACUACAAACUUAGAGCGCAAUUCUUCACGUUUUCCAUGUGACAAUUUGGAGAAGUAGUUUUUAAAAUUUUUGUUCUCGUCUUGCCACGGUUCUCCACAUGACAUGACUUCAGAUGGGGUAAGGUCAGACUGUGCGCCGCUACAUUCAUCCCUACCAAUGUGCCUUUUUGAUGUCAAAUCUGGAUUCGCUUUCGCAUAACACUCCUGUCCUUGGAACUAGGUUUGUGUGUGGCAAUUCCAUGUCCGGUGAUGCUGGACUAUGCACCAUCUUUCUUUCUUUUUUCUAAGCAGUGGUCCUUAGUGAACACUGAUCCAGAAUGGGCAAAUUGCAGACAAUGAGGCAUCACUCAAACACAGCUCGCAAUAAUGAAAUGCUAAAGAUGAUUGAUGUGGAUCUGGUCAGUUUGACUGGGACAUCUUUAUUUGUUCAGUGUUUAACAUCUCAUUUGUUUGAAAAAUAAAGUGAUCUAAACCCUA